AUGGAGGUUCAAAUCAAAAGUAACAACACAUGGAUUAUGCGUAGUAUUUUGACACAGAGGGCAACUAUUACUUACUUUGAAGAUGAUUGGAAUUCUAUGCUUGAGCAAGGGGCUGUUACUAGUUGGUACAAAUUGUUAAUGCAUAAUUAUGCUAGACCGAGGGCUAAACUGAUUUUCUGGCUUGCUUGUCACGAUCGGUUAGCUACUAAAAGCAGAUUGGUAAAGAUGGGAAUGUUAAAGGACAGCAAAUGUAGUUUUUGCAGCAAUGUUGAAACUAUCCAACACCUUUUCUUUGAAUGUGAGGAAAUGAGGAAGCUUUGGUGUACUAUCCUUAAGUGGAUUCAAAUGGAUCAUGCUCCUAAUAAUUGGGAUGAAGAACUUAGUUGGAUUAACAAGUUUGGCAGAGGCAAAGGGUGGAAGGCUGCCCUUCUCAAGCUGGCAGCGGCAGAGACGGUUUAUAGGGCUUGGGCUCUCCGCAAUAAUCGUAGUUUUGGGACUCAAUGUGAUAGCUCUUUCAUUGCUCAAGAUAUAAUUGACAAAAUUGUGCUUAGAGGAUGA